UAAUCUUUCGCUUGGACUCCAUGCGUUCACUUAGCGACCCACUGGACGACAAAGGCCCUCAAUUGUUCGAGGACGGUUGCGCAGCGUCAUUUGGUUUCAGUGUGCUGCAAGGUAACACUCUGGAAGCGAAGACGUCGAGGUGUGCGUCUACUUGUGCGUGCGUUUUGCGUGGUUUUGUGCUGGCCCUGAUCUGCGUAUCAUACGUUUCCUAGCGACCUCGUCUGUCUGAGCACCGCUGUCACCGUUUCCUCGUGUGCCGCUGGCAAGAUGGAAUCGGAAAGUUCGAAUUCAAACGGGUUCAAGCGGACCUCUGCCCACCACAGCAUCUACAGUCGCCCAGUGGAACGGCGUCCCAGCAAGAAGUCAACUUCCAAAGACCGUCAUGGAAUGGUCUACCCUGAUAGCUUUAGAGAGACGAGCAUCCGGACGGUGACGCCAGACCCCUCCUCCGAGACCGGCAAUAAUUCCCCUCUGUCGGAAGCUGAAUAUAUGUCUGGAAGUGCUGCCCCAUCACCUCGUGCCGCAUACAGAACAAGAGUGCCCGAUCAUGAAUCUCGUCGCGACUUUCAAGCCUAUCAUUCAGCGGGAGACGAGGAUGAGGGUCAGGUGGAAUUACGAAGCCAGCGGGCGCGGUCCCGCACCACGACCUUGGACGACCAGCGCAGCGAAAUCUCCAAUUCCUUUCUCACCCGAACUCGAAAUCGCCUUGGUUCCAUCAACACCGCUUCUCCCCCGCCCAAGGCCUCUGAAGACCAAGCGAGCUCCAUUGGUUUCCCAUCAAUACAACCAGCUCCAUAUUUCAGCCAGACACUUGGUCGUCAUCGUUUGAGUCGAAAUCUUGGUAGCUCAAACGUAGUCACCACCGUUAGUACGAACCCGUCCUCGACAGCCUUGUCAAGCAGCGAUGCUUCCAAAAUACUUCAGCUCAUGAAAACGACGUGUGGAAGAAUGCAUGGUAUUCUGUCAUUUCGGACAUCUUCCACCACAGCCUGGACGUCAGGCUACUGCGCUAUCAAUGUUGCAACAGGGAGUCUAAUAUAUCAAGCCAAGGGAGAACCUGCACUUGCGAAGACAUUGAUUCCGGACCUGCGUGGAUGUCAGGUUCGCUCUCUUGUCGAUCCAGAAACUGGAAUGAACUAUCUUAAAGUUUCCACGUUUACCUCAGGACUCGGUAUUGAACUGAGACCCCACGUCAGUGAAACAUUCGACUCCUGGCUGGCGGCCUUACUGUGUUGGCAGCCGAUCCGACCAAAAGGCGUGCAAAAUAAGAUGACGAAACCUCAGUCGGUAGCGAUCGGAGAACGUCGCCUUGCGGACCGUCGGCGAAAUUCUGAGAGCACUGUUCAAAAAGACGCGGCCAUUAUCAAAGUCGGUAAGAUGCUCCUGUGGGACAGACCGAGUACGUCCGGUCCCCGUCCCAAUUCCGGCCAUCGUGUUUCGACCUAUCGCCAGCAAAGGGCGCUAUCUUCGUCAUGGCAGAAAGUCAGCUGUACGCUGCAAGAGAAUGGUGCUUUCAAACUAUUCACAGAAACAGACAUCACUUUAGUCACUUGCAUUCAAUUGUCUCAAUUAUCUCGUUGUGCGGUGCAGCAAUUGAACGAGUCUGUUCUUGAGGACGAAUUCUGCAUUGCCAUCUAUCCUCAGUAUGCGGCGCAUUCUGCGUCCGGGUUGACCCGGCCGGUCUAUCUUGCGCUAGAAAGUCGAGUGCUCUUUGAGGUCUGGUUCGUUCUCUUGCGCGCUUUUACCAUUCCCGAACUCUACGGCCCUGAACUGCCUGUUGAGGAGAACUCGACAAAUACAGCAGGUUCAGGUGAUACGAGCUCGCCACCCACAAGAGACAUGUUUCGAAUCGAAAGGAUGCUCUCGGUCAGAGUGACAGAGGCAAAGCUGCAACGUGACAGGCCAAGUGAGGAGACACCGAGGAGCCGGAAGCCUUCGAGGUCUCACAGCAACCCGGUACCGGCGCCCGCUGUCAGCGACUACUACACGGAAGUUCUUCUCGACGGCGAAAUUCGAGCGAAGACAGCCGUCAAAUUCCGCACGUCCAACCCUUUUUGGCGCGAAGAUUUCACUUUCAAUGAUCUCCCCCCUGUCCUUUCGCAGGUUUCCGUCCUCGUCAAAACUCUCAACCCGACCCAGAAAGACUGGACGCUCAUUGCCCACGGGUCCUAUGCUCUGCACCAGGAUGCAAAUGCCCUGCAUGCUUUGGAUGAUGUGGAGAUAUCGUCACAUGAUGCCACGUACGGACGGGUGGAGAUACGGUUGGAUGACUUGGAGUCUGGCGUAGAGACCGAGAAGUGGUGGACCAUAUUGGAUGAACGGGAUCAGUCGGUUGGCGAGAUGCUGAUGAGAGCUCGGAUGGAAGAGACGGUCGUUCUGAUGUCGCAUGAAUACACGCCCAUGUCCGAGAUCCUGCAUGCCUUUACCAAUGGGCUUACAAUCAACAUGGCUCAGAUCAUCUCCUCCGAACUCAACCAACUCUCAGAGGCUCUACUCAAUAUUUAUCAAGUCUCGGGGCAGACGGUCGAAUGGAUUUCCGCUCUGGUUGAGGACGAGAUCGAUGGCGUUCACAAAGACUCGACUGCGAAUAGACUCAGGUAUACUACAAGGAUCCAUUCAAAUGAUUCAAGGGAAUCAGGUCAAGAUCGAGAAGUCCUUGUCAGGGACAUGGGACGAACAGCGACCGUGGAGGCGAAUCUUCUGUUCCGAGGGAACUCCCUUCUCACCAAGGCACUGGACUUGCAUAUGCGUCGGCUCGGGAAGGAAUAUCUCGAAGAGACCAUCGGAGAACGGCUACGCGAGAUUGACGAGAGCGAUCCUGAAUGUGAAGUUGACCCUUCGCGAGUCCAUCGUUCGGACGACCUGGAACGCAACUGGAGGACCCUCGUCUCGCUUACCACGAGUGUUUGGAAAGUAAUCGCUGGCUCCGCUUCUCGCUGUCCUGCAGAGUUGAGACUCAUAUUUCGGCAUAUCAGAGCUUGCGCGGAAGACCGCUACGGCGAUUUCCUGCGAACGGUGACAUACAGCAGCGUCUCAGGUUUCCUUUUCCUGCGAUUCUUCUGUCCAGCAAUCCUGAAUCCAAAACUCUUUGGAUUGUUGAAAGACCACCCUCGCCCUCGUGCUCAACGAACGUUGACAUUGAUCGCCAAAGCCUUGCAAGGCCUUGCGAACAUGACGACGUUUGGUAGUAAAGAGCCGUGGAUGGAACCGAUGAACAAGUUCCUGCUUGGCAACCGGGCCGAAUUCAAGCAGUUCGUUGACUCAAUCUGCGCGAUUCCUGCUGACCGUCCGACCCCUAUCGUCACGCCAUCUUAUGCGACGCCGAUUCAAAUUCUUAACCGGCUGCCCCCUACCUCUCGCGAGGGCUUCCCUAGUCUCCCGUUCCUGAUCGACCACGCAAGGAGCUUCGCGAACUUGAUAAGGAUCUGGCUUGAAGCAGCCCCGGGAAGGCUUGCUGAGCUGGAAGAGAUGGAUCCGGCCGUUAAGAAGUUCCACGAGAUGGCGCUUCGCCUCCACCAACGUACCAAAGAGUGCCUUAGUAAAGCGGAACAGGCAGAACGCCCGAAUGGCAAUCUCGAAGUCAAGUGGGAGGAACUGGUGGAUUCCAUGGAACGAUCAGCGACUUUCUACGAAGACAGCUCCAAGCCGACGACUCCGGCGACAGAAACGGCGAUCGUAACGCCAGCAUCCGUUCCUGGCAGUCACAGGAACUCGAUUGGCUACUUCGCUUCACGGCCUUCGCUGCCUCGCCGGUCCACAGAUUAUGGUCCAGAAGCUGAGGAGGAGACUCCUCCUAGCUCUUCGUCAGCAACCUGGGACCAGAGUCGUGUGCCCUUUUCAAUGCCCCGCUGGUCGGACACUCGAGACAGCACCGGCAGCUCAAAGAACUCUUCCACCUACUCUCUUGAAUAUUCUGACCCUUCCAAGGCGCGCAGAUCUAGCAUGACGAAAGAGACGUCAAGCAAGUAUCGGUUCUUUGACUUUGUACCGGCCUCGUCAAGACGCAAGGCCAAAGACCGUGAAAGUACUCAACAACACUCGCGCGAAGAACUACGGAACGAGUUUUGACGUACGAGUCUCUACUAGCCUAUCUACUUCUUGGUCAGAUCAUAUCCGACGCGUUAAACGGUCAUGAUCUAAAUAUAGAGCAUGAUAUUUUUCAAAUGUUAUUGGCUGAUAUUAUAUCAAGCCUGGCUCGCACUCUCAGCCCGCUCUU